AUAUAAAACACACACACACACACCGCUCUUAUUUCUCUACGACUCCCCUUUCCAUUGCAUCAUUUCGAGUACUUACCAAAAAGCAUGGCUGCUCAAAACAGCAGAGCUACCAUUGAACCCGAGAAGCAAACCCUUCUCAAUCACCACAAGGAAAAACACUUCACCGCCGGAGAGGUCGUCCGCGACAUCAUCAUCGGCGUCUCCGAUGGUUUAACUGUGCCCUUUGCUCUUGCCGCCGGAUUGUCUGGCGCCAAUGCCUCUUCUUCCAUUGUUAUUACCGCUGGUAUCGCUGAGGUUGCCGCUGGAGCCAUCUCUAUGGGACUUGGCGGGUAUCUUGCGGCUAAAAGUGAAGCCGAUCAUUACACGAGGGAAUUGAAAAGAGAGGAAGAAGAAAUUAUCAAUGUGCCUGAUGUUGAGGCUGCUGAGGUGGCUGAAAUACUAGCAGAGUAUGGGGUAGAGCCACAUGAAUAUGCACCUGUGGUGAAUGCCCUAAGAAAAAGGCCUCAAGCUUGGCUUGAUUUCAUGAUGAAGUUUGAGCUGGGGUUAGAGAAGCCAGAUCCACGAAGAGCAUUACAAAGCGCAUUCAACAUUGCCGUUUCUUACAUAUUGGGUGGAUUGGUGCCACUCCUUCCUUACAUGUUCAUUCCAAGAGCCCAGGAUGCGGUGGUUGCAUCAGUGGUCAUCACCAUUGCUGCACUCCUCAUCUUCGGCUACGCCAAAGGUUACUUCACCGGCAACAAACCGGUAAAAAGCGCAUUCCAAACUGCUCUCAUUGGUGCCAUUGCAUCUGCUGCUGCUUUUGGCAUAGCUAAGGUUAUCCAUCCCUAGAAGUUUUAUGCAUUGUUCUUAAGAACUGAAAAUAUGGGUUUCCUUUAAUAUUUUUCAUGUUGGUAUUUCGAUUAAAAUCUCAGAUCUUCAUGUAAUUCUCUCCUUUUACCUGUACGAAUGAGUAAAUCACCAUUUCGACAUGAAUAA